AAUAAUUCCGUUCCCUCUCUCUCUUCUGUGCAAAUAACUCAACAACUCUUCUCGUUCACGCUUUCCCUCCCCACUCAAAUUCUCCAUCAUUCUUUUCCCAUAAAGUAUCACCACCAUAUACUAUAAUUUAAUAAAGUUACCUGAAUAAAAUAAAAUAAAAGUAAAGAAAACCCCUCAAAAAGGAAAAGCUUAAGAACUGAAAGAAGCUUUCAAAUGCUUUGAUUGAUUCCACAAAUUCAACAAUGGAAGCCGCUGUUCUUAUUCCCUCUCCUUUCAUUCCCUGCUUUUUUUUCUCAAAAAUCAAAAGUGCUGUGGCGGACAAGUUUUUGAGAGAAGAGAGGAAGCAUGAGGAGUAGGUUUAAGCAUAGGAGGAAGAGAUUGCAGAAGAUAAUGAAGUGCCUUUGCUCAGGUGAGCUUGUUGUAAGAGAAGAAGAUACAAUGGUUCCUAAUUCGUCGGAAUCUCUUGCAACCAAGGAUUAUUAUUCCUCAACAGUAAGUGGAAUUUCUGGCCAAGAUAUUGGACAAGUUGAGAGAACGAGGCCGGAUUCUGGUAACAUACAAGAAGUUGAAUCAUCCUUGCGUGAGAGUGGCGUCUUGAACUAUGAGGAAGCUAGAGCUUUGUUAGGGAGAUAUGAAUAUCAGGAAGGAAAUAUCGAAGCCGCUUUGCAUGUUUUUGAAGGAAUAGACAUAGCUUCUGUGACUCCGAAGAUAAAAAAUUUCCUUGCCAAAAGUAGAGAACGCCCCAAGAGACGCUCCCGCAAUUACACUACCCCACUAAUGUCUAUACAUACAUCCGGAUUACUAUUAGAAGCAAUCUUGCUAAAAGCAAAAUGUUUGCAGGUUCUUGGAAGGUUUAAAGAAUCUGGCCAAACAUGCAAAGUUAUUCUGGACAUGAUCGAGUCUUCUUUACCUGAAGGCUUGCCUGGAAACUUUGGUGCCGAAUGUAAAUUGCAGGAGACUUUAAGUAAGGCAGUUGAGCUACUUCCAGAAUUGUGGAAACUUGCUGAUUGUCCACGUGAAGUUAUUUUGUCUUACCGACAUGCACUCCUUCAUCGAUGGAAUCUUGAUGCAGAGACCACUGCAAAAAUUCAGAAAGAAUUUGCCAUUUUUCUUCUAUAUAGUGGAGAGGAAGAAAUUCCCCCAGAUCUUCGUUCCCAUAUGGACAGUUCAUUUGUACCCAGAAACAACAUAGAAGAGGCUAUACUUCUUUUAAUGAUUUUGCAAAGAAAAAUAUCUCUAAAUAAAAUUGAGUGGGAUCCUUCAAUUUUGGAGCAUCUUUCAUUUGCUCUAUCGGUUUCCGGGGAUUUGACAGCUUUAGCCAACCAAUGGGAAGAAUUACUCCCUGGUACUAUCAAUCGAAGAGAAAGGUACCAUGCUCUUGCUCUUUGUUAUUAUGGAGCAGAUAAGGACUUAGUAGCACUUAAUCUUCUUAGAAAAUUGUUGAGUAGCAGAGAGGACCCAAAACAUGUUCCUGCUUUGUUAAUGGCUUCUAAGAUAUGUUGUGAGAACCCUGAUUUUGCGAAAGAUGGGGUUAGCUUUGCUAGCAGAGUUCUUGAGAGCUUAGAUGAAAGAUGUCAGCAGUUGGAAAGUCUCGCCAAUUGCUUACUCGGUGUUUCACUUUCAACAUACUCAAAAUUGGCUGUUACUAAUUCGGAGACGUUUGAGAGACAAUCUGAGGCACUUCAUUCCCUAGAAGCUGCAAGCACUAUGACCAGAAUGAGCGACCCUCUUGUGCUGUACUAUUACAGUUUAGAAUGUGCAGAGCAAAGGAAGUUGGAUUCUGCACUUCAUUAUGCAAAACGUUUGCUAAACUUAGAAGCUGGGUCUAAUAUUAAAGGCUGGUUAUUGUUAGCCCGGAUAUUAUCAGCACAAAAACAUUUUUUGGAUGCUGAAUCUAUCAUUGACGCUGCUUUGGAUCGGACUGGAAUAUGGGAUCAAGGAGAUUUGCUGAGAACAAAAGCUAAACUGCAAAUUGCACAGGGGAAGUUACCAGGUGCCAUUAAAACAUAUACUCAGCUUCUUGCUAUUCUUCUGGUCCAGAGAAAAACUUUUGGUUCAAGAAAGAAGCUUUAUAAGGACGACAGAGAUCAUGCUAGGAACUUAGAAGUGGAAAUAUGGCAUGAUCUUGCUAAUGUAUAUAUAAGUCUCUCACAGUGGCAAGAUGCAGAGGUGUGUCUUUCGAAAUCUAAGGCCAUCAAACUAUACUCUGCUUCUAGAUGUCAUGUAAUAGGUACUAUAUACGAAGCACAGGGUCUUUACAAAGAGGCGCUAAAAGCUUUUCGCGAUGCUUUGAACCUUGAUCCUGAACAUGUCGCUAGCUUGAUCUCAACCGCAUUGGUUCUUAGACGGUACGGCCCUCAAUCAAAUCCUGCUGUUAGAAGCUUUCUGAUGGAUGCACUAAGGCUUGACAAAUCUAAUGCUUCUGCUUGGUAUCAUCUUGGCAUUCUUCACAAGGCUGAAGGUAGACUGUUAGAAGCCGCAGAAUGUUUCCAGGCAGCAAACUCUCUUGAAGAAUCAGAACCAGUGGAACCUUUUAGAUGACUGACUCUGCAUGUACAAGCAUUUUUACUUAUGUGAUGCCAUCCCACCCAUAAUUUUCAUUUGUUCUUGAUGUCAAUAUAUAGAUCGAUAAGAAAGGCAUGUCGAUAUAGAUUGAUAAGAAAGGCAUGAUUUAUGAUUUAGUUAGCUUUUCGUGGCUGUGAGCUGUUGUCCCCUUCCAUUUUGGAUUGUUGCUCAAGUUUGAUACGGAUUUACCUCUUUGUAGUUUUAUUCAUUCAUAUAUAAUUUUCUUCUUUUCCCUGUAUUGAGAUAAAUUUCAUUAAGUACAGUGAAGUAUGUAUCCAAAACAAAUAAAAAGUUGAAGAACUGGAGGAUAUGUAAUGUCAAUUAGGACGUGAUUCUUGAUUCUCAA